AUUGGAAUUGAAGUUCUAGACUUCCAGGAAAUGGUCAUUACUGGUUGGCCAAACAACCUCGCCGCCGCCAAACGCGCUUUGUCGCUCACCAUUUCGACAAUAAAAUCACUCAUUGACAAAGCAGUAGAGCUAUCCUCUCCCCUCUUCAGGCCCUCAGGUUUCUGUUGCUGCAAUAGAAACAACCCAAGAAUAUAUAAAACAAGCCAUGGAAGCAGCAGCUACCUUCACUGGUCACAAGAGAAGCUCCUCCUUUAGUCUCCGUUGCCCCAGUCUCAAUUUCCUUCGCCUCCGCCGCAUCUUUGAUCUUUUCGACAAGAAUGGCGAUGGCAUGAUCACCAUCGAGGAGAUUAGUCAAGCACUCAGCCUUCUUGGCCUCGAUGCUGACUUCUCUGACCUUGAAUUCACCAUCAAAUCUCACAUCAAGCCUGGCAGCUCUGGCCUUUCUUUCGAAGAUUUUGUCUCCCUUCAUCAAUCAUUGGACAGCAGUUUCUUUGGUUACGAUAAUAUUGCAUCCGAGGAGGAGGCUGCAAAUGAUAUCGGAGAUCAGGCUAGGAUGAGACAGGAGGAAUCUGAUUUGUCAGAGGCAUUCAAGGUUUUCGACGAGGAUGGCGAUGGUUACAUAUCAGCACACGAAUUGCAAGUCGUGUUGAGGAAGUUGGGAUUGCCUGAAGCCAAAGAGAUUGACAGAAUUCAUCAGAUGAUCACCUCUGUCGACCGUAACCAAGAUGGUCGUGUUGAUUUCUUUGAAUUCAAGGACAUGAUGAGGAGCGUUCUUGUUAGGAGCUGAUCUUGACGAUUCAUCUUCACGAUCUUAAUCCUCUCUGAACUUCCUUUUUUAUUUUUGUUUCGUUUCUUUUGCUUUCUCUUCUGUUGUCAAUUAGUCCUAUGAUUUCCAUAUGCAUGAACUAGAAGCGUACGUGAAUCAAUCACUGGCAUGUCGUCGUAAUGGUGUUCAGACUUCAUGUUUGUAUAUGUUAAUAAUGAAUGCGCCAUGGUUGGUUUUGAUGUUUCA